AUGCUAACCAGGUCUAACAGGAAGCCAGAGCCACCGAGACAGAGCAGCGUCCACCAGGCCUUCAUUGGUGCGAGCGCACACACUCAACCCUCACAGGUGCGAGCACACACACUCAACCCUCACAGGUACGAGUGCACACUCAACCCUCACAGGUGCGAGUGCACACACUCAACCCUCACAGGUGCGAGCGCACACACUCAACCCUCACAGGUGCGAGCGCACACACUCAACCCUCACAGGUACGAGUGCACACUCAACCCUCACAGGUACGAGCGCACACACUCAACCCUCACAGGUGCGAGCGCACACACUCAACCCUCACAGGUACGAGCACACACACUCAACCCUCACAGGUACGAGUGCACACACUCAACCCUCACAGGUGCAAGCGCACACACUCAACCCUCACAGGUACGAGUGCACACUCAACCCUCACAGGUACGAGCGCACACACUCAACCCUCACAGGUGCGAGCGCACACACUCAACCCUCACAGGUACGAGCACACACACUCAACCCUCACAGGUACGAGUGCACACACUCAACCCUCACAGGUACGAGCGCACACACUCAACCCUCACAGGUGCAAGCGCACACACUCAACCCUCACAGGUGCGAGCACACACACUCAACCCUCACAGGUACGAGUGCACACUCAACCCUCACAGGUGCGAGUGCACACACUCAACCCUCACAGGUGCGAACGCACACACUCAACCCUCACAGGUACGAGCGCACACUCAACCCUCACAGGUGCGAGCGCACACACUCAACCCUCACAGGUACGAGUGCACACUCAACCCUCACAGGUACGAGUGCACACUCAACCCUCACAGGUACGAGUGCACACUCAACCCUCACAGGUACGAGUGCACACUCAACCCUCACAGGUGCGAACGCACACACUCAACCCUCACAGGUACGAGCGCACACUCAACCCUCACAGGUGCGAGCGCACACACUCAACCCGCACAGGUACGAGUGCACACUCAACCCUCACAGGUGCGAGCGCACACACUCAACCCGCACAGGUACGAGUGCACACUCAACCCUCACAGGUACGAGUGCACACUCAACCCUCACAGGUACGAGUGCACACUCAACCCUCACAGGUGCGAACGCACACACUCAACCCGCACAGGUGCGAACGCACACACUCAACCCUCACAGGUACGAGCGCACACUCAACCCUCACAGGUGCGAGCGCACACACUCAACCCGCACAGGUACGAGUGCACACUCAACCCUCACAGGUGCGAGCGCACACACUCAACCCGCACAGGUGCGAACGCACACACUAAACCCUCACAGGUGCGAGUACACACACUCAACCCUCACAGGUGCGAGUACACACUCAACCCUCACAGGUACGAGCGCACACUCAACCCUCACAGGUGCGAGCGCACACACUCAACCCUCACAGGUGCGAGCGCACACACUCAACCCUCACAGGUGCGAGCGCACACACUCAACCCUCACAGGUACGAGCGCACACUCAACCCUCACAGGUACGAGCGCACACUCAACCCUCACAGGUACGAGCGCACACUCAACCCUCACAGGUACGAGCGCACACUCAACCCUCACAGGUGCGAACGCACACACUAA